GAUAUAUGUCGAUUGUUGGUGCCGUGUGCAUCCAGUGUUUAAAUACAAUGAACGAAACAGUAGCUGCAAUCACAAUCACAAGCGUUCCUGUCUCGCAAGGGAGGCAUCAUGUGGAAGAUAAUAGUGCUGUGCGCGUUCGUGGGCCUGGCGGCCGCCCAGAAGGCUGUCUACAACAAUUACAAGGUCUUCCGGAUGAUUCCGACUACGGAAACGCAACUCGAAAUUCUACAGGAGUUGGAAAACGGUUAUGACGGAUUCUCCUUCUGGGAUUCACCGAGUACCGUGAACAAACACGUGGACCUCAUGGUCGCCCCGCACAAGUUGCCCGAAUUCUAUGAGAAGAUGGGCCAGAUCGGUAUACCCUAUCAGAUGCACAUCAAGGAUGUCCAGGAGCUGAUUGACGCAACGACUCCGCAUAGUCGGUCAAAGUCGUUCGAUUUUACCAGUUAUCACACUCUCGAGGAGAUCUACAAGAAUCUGGACGACCUGGCUAAACAGUAUCCCGACAAGGUGCAGGUCGUCGUGGGCGGCAAAUCGUACGAGGGUCGCCAGAUCAAAGGCGUCAAGGUCUCCUUCAAGGCCAAUAACCCUGGAAUCUUCAUCGAAGGUGGCAUCCACGCCAGGGAAUGGAUCUCCCCGGCGACCGUCAUGUACAUCCUCCAUCAACUGUUGACCAGCGAGGACUCGGACGUCAGGAAUCUGGCUGAUAGCCACGAUUGGUACAUCUUCCCCUCGUUCAAUCCCGACGGAUACGUGUACACGCAUACUACGGAUCGAUUGUGGAGAAAGACACGUAAGCCGUACAGCCUCUUCUGCAGCGGCAGCGAUCCCAACAGGAACUGGGACUACAGAUGGAACACUGGAGGGGCCAGCAGCAACCCGUGCUCCGAGACCUACGCCGGAACUGCGCCAUUCUCCGACGUAGAGACGAAGAGCGCGUCCGAUUACAUCAAGACCAUCUCCGAUAAAUUCUACGCGUACAUAUCGUUCCAUAGUUACUCGCAAUUACUGCUGUUCCCGUAUGGUCACACGAGAGAUCAUCUUGAAAACUACGACGACUUGUACGCCAUUGGCAUGAAAGCGAUCACAGCUCUCGAAAAGAGAUACGGAACUAAGUACGUGACCGGAAAUAUUGCUGAGACGAUCUACAUAGCUACCGGAAGCACUGUGGAUUAUAUCAAAGGCACUUAUGGUAAAAGUAUUGCCUACACCUACGAGUUGCGCGAUCAAGGUAGAAACGGCUUCAUAUUGCCGCCUGAGCAGAUCAUCCCGACAGGAGAGGAGACCCUGGACUCUCUCGUGGCAAUGUUUAAAGAGGCAAAAGCACGUGGAUAUCCCAAAAAUUAAGUCAGCUUGAAGGCUGAUUUAAUUUUGUAAAUACUAUACUUUACUAUCUCGAUGUAUAACACAUUUUUAUUCAACAAAUCUGCUAAUCCCGCUUUCCCCAUAUUCUGCCUUGUAGUCUAAUGGCGACAAUAAAUUUUAAUAUUUAUCCUGA